CCAUAUAUUUCACAUCACAAUGUCCGUCCCCAACAUCACCACCAUCUCCCCGAUAACCAACCGCCCCAUCCUCAACCGCACGGGCGCCAACCCCGAAGACAUCGUGGGCAUCGCCGAAUCCGCACAAUCAGCCUACCGAUCCUUCUCAACAUCCACGACCCUCAAACAACGUCAAGACAUCGUGACCCGCGCCCUCGCCAAACUCGAAAAACGAAAAGAUGACCUCGCCAGACAACUCACCGAGCAAAUGGGGCGGCCCAUCUCCUACACAGGGAUCGAAGUCGCCACGGCCAUCAAGCGCAGCCACUACCUGAACCGCAUCAGCGACUCCGUCCUGGGUGAAGAGGGAAUCGUACCGGGGGAAGAAGAAACUGGCUUCAAGCGAUACAUCAAGCGCAAGCCCGUCGGCGUAGUACUGAUCAUCUUCGCCUGGAACUACCCCUACCUUGUUCUCGUGAACAGUUUAAUCCCUGCCAUUUUGGCAGGUAAUGCCGUGAUUCUGAAACCGUCGCCGCAGACGCCCACUGUCGCGGAGGAAGUCGCCAAUGCGUUCCAUGAAGCGGGGCUGCCGGAGAAGGCGCUUCACUGUGUGAACCAUAUAUGUUUUACGGGCUCCGUGGAGGGCGGACUAGCUACGCAGAAGGCCGCGUCUGAUCGCAUCGUCAACGUUGGAUUGGAGCUCGGGGGUAAAGAUCCCGCGUAUGUGCGCGACGAUGUCGAUGUCGCCUGGGCGGCUGGGGAGAUUGUCGACGGGGCGAUCUUCAAUAGUGGACAGAGCUGCUGCGCGAUUGAGCGGGUCUACGUGCAUCAGGGAAUCUACGAGGAGUUUGUGGCGGAGGUGAAGAAGGUGCUGAGUGGGUAUGUGGUUGGGGAUCCGUUCGAUAAGAAGACGCAGAUCGGGCCGGUGAUUUCGAAGCGCGCGAAGGAGGAUAUUGAGGCGCAUGUUGCUGAUGCGGUGGAGAAGGGGGCGAAGGAUGAGACGCCGGAGAAUGAAUCGUUUGAGAAUCCGCCGUCGGAGGGGAAUUAUGUUAGGCCUACGCUGUUGACGGGGGUUACGCAUGAGAUGCGGGUGAUGACGGAGGAGACGUUUGGGCCGGUGAUUCCGGUGAUGAAGGUCGAGGGGGAUGAGGAGGCUGUGAAGUGGAUGAAUUGUAGUGAGUUUGGGUUGACGGCUAGUGUGUGGACGAAGGAUGUUAAGGCUGCGGAGGAGUUGAUGGAGAAGGUUGAGGCUGGGACGGUGUUUGUUAAUCGGUCGGAUUAUCCUAGCCCGGAUCUGGCUUGGACGGGAUGGAAGAAUUCGGGCCGUGGAGUGACGCUCGGUCGGUUUGGGUUCGAGCAGUUUGUGAAGUUGAAGAGUUAUCAUAUCAAGGAUUAUCCCAAAUAGAGGGGUGCUGUUCUCGUUUGUUGCUUUGUAUUUGAUUUGAUGUGAUUGAUGCCUUGAUGAUUGAUAGACCCUGCCAUGACAAUAACAAUU